UAGGGGCCGGCGACGUGGGGAGGGGGAGCUGCGGGGGAAGCCGUGGCGAGAUUUAGUAAUGAGAACUUGGGCCCAGUUUUUUUACAAGCCUGGAAGGCCAGAAUGUGUUCGUAUCCUUUCUGACCUCCCAGGCAGAUUCAGUGGUGAGGAGUAUAUUAGGAAUUAAAGAACUUUGUCUUGUGGCUGUUACUGACUGUUGUUUUUGAGGGGAAGGAGGGCAGUACAGGGUCAGAGGCAGAAAUGAAAAUUUCUUUCUAACGUGGAUUCCCAAUCUCCCUAUCUCUUCCUUUACAGUUUUACACAUUUAGGAGACUGCAGAAAGGUGGGGCAGAUAGAAUGGAGAUGGCAAAGAUCUCUCUGGGUAUAUAUGGGCCUGGAGAAGUAAUGGAAUAAUUUCUAAUUUUUGGAGAAGCCCUCAUGCCGGGAUGGCAGAAGAUGAACCCGAUGCUAAGAGCCCCAAGACUGGAGGCAGGGCCCCCUCAGGUAGUGCUGAGGCAGGGGAACCCACUACCCUUCUUCAGAGGCUCCGAGGUACCAUUUCCAAGGCCGUGCAGAACAAAGUAGAGGGAAUCCUGCAAGAUGUACAGAAAUUCUCAGACAAUGACAAGCUGUAUCUCUACCUUCAGCUCCCCUCAGGGCCCAGUACUGGAGACAAAAGCUCAGAGCCAAGUUCACUCAGCAAUGAGGAGUACAUGUAUGCUUAUAGAUGGAUCCGCAACCACCUGGAAGAGCACACUGACACCUGUCUGCCAAAACAAAGUGUUUAUGAUGCCUAUCGGAAGUACUGUGAGAGCCUCGCCUGUUGCCGCCCACUCAGCACAGCCAACUUUGGCAAAAUCAUCAGAGAGAUCUUCCCUGACAUCAAGGCCCGACGACUUGGUGGCCGGGGCCAGUCUAAAUAUUGCUACAGUGGCAUACGAAGGAAGACCUUGGUAUCUAUGCCGCCCUUGCCUGGACUUGACCUAAAGGGCUCUGAGAGUCCAGAAAUGGGCCCAGAGGUAACCCCAGCACCUCGGGAUGAACUGGUCGAGGCAGCCUGUGCCCUGACCUGUGACUGGGCAGAGCGAAUCCUGAAACGGUCCUUCAGUUCCAUCGUUGAGGUGGCGCGCUUCCUGCUACAGCAGCAUCUCAUCUCCGCCCGAUCUGCACACGCGCAUGUGCUCAAGGCCAUGGGGCUUGCUGAGACCCUUCCAGGACAUACCUUAGACCACCUUCUCUUCCCUGCCUAUACCAGCCAGUCAGAGUCACCUCACUCCUCCAUUCUGUCUCCUACUCACCUUGUUGCCUUUUCUGGCACCUCCGCAGAAGAGGACGAACAUGCCCCUCGGGAACGGUCAUCUAAAUCCAAGAAUGGUGUGGAGAACCUGGAGGGCGGAGCCCAUAAGAAACCAGAGAGACCAGCCCAGCCUCCGAAGGAGCUGGAGCCCCGGGCUGGGGCUGGGCCCCCAGCACGCGGAGAGCGGAGGAGGAGUGCGGUGGAGAGCCCGGCUCCAGCAGCCAGUAACCCGCAGGUUAACGCCCUCGUGGCCCGGCUGCCUCUGCUCCUGCCCCGGGCCCCGCGCUCGCUUAUUCCACCAAUCCGAGUCUCUCCACCCAUCCUGGCCCCCAAACUCUCCUCAGGCUCUCUGAAAGUGGCCACGCUGCCUCUGCCCAGUAGGGCUGGGGGACCCCAAGCAGCCGUGCCCAUCAUUAACAUGAUUUUACCAACUGUUCCUGCUUUGCCUGGACCUGGACCUGGGCCUGGGCCUGGGCCUGGGCCUGGUCAAGCUCCACCUGGGGGGCUCACUCAGCUGAGGGGCCCAGAGAACAGGGAAGUAGGCAUAGGUGGUGACCUGGGACCCCAUGACAAGGGCGUCAAAAGGACAGCUGAAGUACCUGUGAGUGAGGCGAGUGGGCAGGACCCACCAGCUAAGGCAACAAAGCAGGAUAUAGAGGAUACAGGAAGUGAUGCCAAAAGAAAACGAGGGCGCCCUCGAAAAAAAUCAGGUGGAAGUAGGGAAAGGAAUGCGACCCCUGACAAGUCAGCCGCUGCCAUGGACUCUGUCCAGUCCUCAAGGUUACUGCGGGAGACGUGGGCCUCUCGAGGGGCAAGCAACUCAGCUGGAGGGUCCGAGGGGCCAGGGCCAAUGGGAGAGGCUGGGAAGGCGAUACUUGCCCAGGGACAGGAAGAUGGUGCUGUUUCCAGAGGAGGAAGGGGCCCCAGUUCUCGGCAUGCCAAAGAAGCGGAAGAUAAAAUUCCUCUUGUCACCCCGAAAGUGAGUGUCAUCAAGGGCAGUAGAAGCCAAAAGGAGGUUCUUCAUUUGGUUAGGGGAGGGGUAGACACGGCAGCACAGGGUAAUAAAGACUUAAAGGGGCAGGUGCUUCAAAGUUCCUUAUCCCAGGAGCGAAAAGACCCCAAAGCAACACCCCCAUGCUAGGUAUGUGGGGAGGAGCGUGUAUAUCCGUAUGUUAACUCUACCUGCCUGCCUGAUAGAGGCCCUUCUCUGCACUUGCUUCUCACUUGGCCCUUCUGUAUAGACAGCUGAGGUACCCUGUCUUACACAGUGCCUGCUUCUUGCCUCUGACCUUUCCCGCUCGAUACCCUUGGCUUUAGAGUCACCAAUAAAUCUGUAGUGACCACCUUACCUGGAUCCCUGUGCUAUCCUGUGGACAUACAGGGAUGGAGUUUGAUGAAUGUAUAAGUUAGGAGUCUUUUGGUUAUAAAUCAGAGAAAACCUAACUCAAACUGGCUCAAAAAUAAAGAUUUAUUGGCUCAUGUAACUGGAAAGUCCAGAGGUAGUGCUGGCUCCAGGUAAAGCUGAGCCAGUGGCCCAGUAUGUCUCUAAAUACCUGAUUGCUUUUUUUUUUCCCCACUGCUCUGCCUUCUGUAGGAUCAUCUUACACCUGGGCUGCCUUGUGGCUGCCAGCACUCUUGGGAUUAUGUGUAUCCUCAUUUAUGCCCAACCAGAAAGAGAGGGCAUCUUUGUGUCAGGAAUCCUAGCAAAAGAGUCACUCGGUUCAGCCAGCCUGGGUCACGUGCCCACCCCUAACCAAUCACUGCGGCCAGGAGAUUGGUGUAUACUAAUUUGCUUACUUACUCUGCAUCAUGGACUGUACCUUUUAAAAAAGGGCAGGAUCAGCCUCCUGAGAAUCACAUAGAUCCCUAAAUGGAAACUGGGAGGGGGGUGUUCCUGGGGAGGCAGCUGGCACCUGGCCACAGGUAUGAACUACAUGUGGUUUUAACUUGCCAGGUUGACAGCUAUACCUGCUUCCUUUUUUCCUCAUAGUCUUUCUUGCAUCUUCCUUGCUGCAGCUGCAGUCUUUCCUCUUGUUCUCACAUCAGAAGGAAUGAGAGGAAGUCAUUCUUCUUUAGGGACUAUCUCUUUAGUCUCUUUAGAUGACAGUCCCCCCUUUUUUUUCACCUACAUCUCAGAAAUGGCUAUCUUUCCUUUUCCUGUUUCUGAAUUUUAGUUUUUGCCUCAUUCCUGCUUCCCUAUCCCCCAACCUACUGCCACUUUCACCAAGUAGAGUGAAAGAUUUACUUCCUAGUCAUUUUUAUUAAAUUCAUUCUGUAUCCACCAGGUGUCAGUCUCCUGUCAUGCAUGUGUCAGGACUUAGCCAGGACUGUGUGGUUUAGGCUCUGUGUAUGGAAGGAGGUAGCUUCGCGUGUCAGGGAGCACCAAUGGCAAGGGAAUCCAGCCCCCCUAUGCUGGGAAAAGCAGUAAACCAAGCAGUAUUCAUUGCGGACCUACUUCGUCUUCUGCACAGGGCAGCUUCUGUCAGGGAAUCUCAGUGUUCCUUCAGGGAGACUUCAUUAAUCUGUCCAUUUAUUUCCACCAUUGCAGAUUUUUAAAAAAUUAUAAUAUGUAAUGUUUGAUAUCUAUAAAGAAUAUAUUUAACAUGAAUAAAUUAUGGAGCAUAGUAAUUAAAUGACCCAUCACCCAAUUUGUACAUUAAAACAUUAGAAAUACCGUUGAAGUUCUUGUGUUCAUCCCCUAUCCUAUCCUGCCUCUCCCAAGAGGUAACCACUGUCCUUAAUUUUGUGUUUAUUACUUACCUGCCAUAUAUAUGUAUAUAUAGAGAGAGGUAUAUAGAUCUCCAUAUGUGUAUAUAUCCUUUAAAAAUGUAUUAUUCAGCUUUGCUUUUCAGUUUUACAAAAAUUGUGCUCUCUAAUAGUCCCUUACGGUUUGGGUUUGUUUGUUUUUUUCACUUCACAUUAUUUCUAAGAUUCAUCCAUGUUGUAGAUAGCUAUGAUCCGUUCAGUUCCAUCAGUAUAAUAUUUCAAGUGCAUAAACAACAAUUUAUUUAUUCACCCACCUAUCAAUGGAUAUUUGGGUUGUUUAAAGUUCUUUUGCUGUUACAAACAAUGCUGCUAUGAACAUUCUUGUACACGUUAGUGCCUUUGUUUUUAGAAUGAUUUCUAAGAAGCUUUCUAAGAUGGUUCCUUUGGUCUACAAACCCUCUGAGCUGGGGCCAGUCCCCCUUGUCUUCUCUGGAAGAGUUUACAUCAGAUUGAAAUGAACUGUCCCUUGAAAGUUUGGUAAAAUUCACCUGGUAAACCA